AUGCCGAACGCAAAAACGGCCUCAAAAUCGAGCGGCGACAGCGAGUUAGAAGGAGACAGAGAUACUGCCGAUGCCGCCAAUAAAGCUACGUACGACGUCGUCGCCGUUGACGUCAAGAAUGAUAUAUUUGUCGUAGUCGUUCGUUUUUGUCGUAUUCUCUUGAAGUUCAUCGCCGAAAAGAAGAAGAAGAAGCAAACAAACAGACACACGGGCGCAAACACCCUCACACGGGGUGCAGAGAAGACCGACGACGAUGGAGUCGGUAGCCAGAUUAAGAUAGUCGAUUUUGGACUGAGCAACCUGUGGUCACCAGAUAAUCCAUUGCGCACCCACUGCGGCUCUCCCGAGUACGCCGCCCCUGAACUUUUCAUCACCGGCAAGCAAUAUGGCGCCGAAGUGGAUCUGUGGAGUCUGGGCAUCAUCUUGUACGGCAUGGUGCUGGGUCAGCUGCCUUUCGUGACCGCCCGCGGUUCCACCGCUACCUCGCAGGAACGCCGCAAAAAACUGGUGGCCCAAAUAAACCGCGGCCUGUCGACGCACCACCGUAGAGCGUUGGCCCCCUUCAGCCCCGAAUUCCGCGGGCUGAUGAGCCGGCUGCUGGUGUCGGACGCGGCGAAGCGGAUCACGGUAAAGGAACUGACGGCGCACGCGUGGAUCACGGAGCGGGGGAGGCGACUGGUGCGGAGCUGGCCGUUGAAGGAGGUGGAUGCCAAUUGGAGGAAUAAGCUGUCCCAAACGAAACCGAGAAAGAAGGAACCACAGCCGCAGCCACAGUUGUUGCCACCGAAACAGCGACCGUGCACCGUCCAACCCACCCCGUCGACGGCCGCCCCCGAGAAGCGCCGCCCCUUGCCGGAUUGCCGCCUCCUGCCGGACUAUCGCACCAUCCAGUCGCCGAACCUGAGGCGCAAGGCGUAUUCGGCCACCGUCACACCCAAGACGAACCGGCCGUUUUCCCCGCCCCCAACCAGGGAGGGGAAGAGGUCUUUGGAGGCGGAGCGUGCGAGAGUGGAGGCGGGGCGUGCGAGGGUGGAGGCGGGGGACGGGCCACGUGGGGGCGGAGAGAAGGGCGGAGCGGCAGGAGGGGGUAGAUCUGUGGCUACGCAGCACUGUUGCAGGGUGACAGUAAGUCGCAGUGUAUCCAAAACCACGGAGAAGCAUCGGCAGGGUAAUGCAAAGAGUACGCAGAUUCGAAAACGAGAAGACAGCUGCUGGGAUGCAUGUGGAGGAGAUAGUACCAGAGCAGUGACAGCAGUUCCAUAUCCACCAGGAAGAAAACCUGCCAUCUAUGAUCCCAUCGCUAGAUCUAUAGCCGACUAUGUGGUUAACAAUGUUCCACAUAAAUUACCUAGUGUGGACCAGACGAACAAUCAGUAUGUUCAUCUGGCUACCCCGACCAGGAUAGCCAAAUGGACCGGAAUAUGUAGUUUUUUCGACUGGUCCGUUUCUGGUCAGUUCAUUGCCAGAUCACCGCUUACAGUUUUGUCUGGUCAGACACCAGACCAGACUGCACGCGGCGACUAA